AUGUAUUGUAAAUACACAGAACCCAGUGGAGAUCAGAGGAGUGGAGCGAGGUACUUGCACAACGUCAACGGCGUUAGCAAUCUCCAGGGUGAAAGUGAGAAAUGUAUUGUCAACGGAGGCGGAGAAGGGGAACACACAGAUAGUCUUCAGCAGAAGAAAGCCACCUCCCCUGGUAACAGUUGGAUACAGGAAGGGGUAGAUGCUUCUCAGAACGGAGCGGUGGUCACUCCUGCUGCGGGGGCAACGGCCGGGCACAGCGGCAACGUUUGCCGCCUCGCUGGAGCACAGGACCUCACAGAAAACGGCUCAAGUGGCGUCAACGGGUCCGGAGUGGAAUGCACCACCGAGACCCCUGAGGACCCCAGUCCUUCAAGGAGCACUGUCAAACCCUUGCACACAAACUCUCUGACAGGCGAUGCGGGGCAGGAGUUUUUAAUCAAGAACACGUUUUUGUAUUACCUGUUAACCUUCGGAACUGAGCUGUGCAACGAGCCGUUUUACGUCACCUUUUUCCCGUUCUUCAUCUGGAACGUGGACGCUUACGGUAGCCGGAGACUGAUCGUGGUCUGGGUGUUCCAGCCGGCACUGGACCUGAUCGAUAACUUCAACCUGAAGUACUGCUACGCCCCCCUCAUCAUCAUCUCCCUGCACCUGGGCAUGGGCCUCUUCUCCUUCACCCUGGACACCUGGAGCACCUCGCGGGGCAACACCACUCAGAUCCUGGGCACCGGCGCUGGCGUGGCCUUGGCCUCCCACCUCAACCACUACCUGGGCCAGAUGCCUGACCCCCCGCUGGACCAGCUUCCCCUGUCCACACUGGCCCUCAGGACCGCCCUGCUGGCUGUGGCAAUGCUGAGGUUCUGCCUGGGCAUGCUGGUGUUGCUGGCCAACAGGGCCCUCAUGAAGGUCAUCAUCAUACAUCUGGCCUGCCGUAUCUCAGGCAUCCUAAGUGGAGACGUGAGGAAGGCCUGGCAGCACAUGGAGGUGGAGCUGCCCUACAGGUACAUCAUGUACGGCACGGUGGGCUUCAACGCUCUCUUCGUGGUGCCCCAGCUCUUAACCUUCCUGCAGCUGGCCUGA